GGAACGACAAAAAGGCUUCGGUGAGAAGACGCACCGCCAACUUACUUGUCCGGUUAUUUGGACACCAUAUUUCUCCUGCCCACCAUGCCAGCCGUCGUCGACGCUUUCAAGAAUCUCAUCCGCAAGCAUCAUCACCAUCGGCAUCCUGAAGCUGACCCACAGCAAUAUAGCGCAUCUGUGCCGGAGUCAGGUCACCAGCCCCAAUAUCGACAACAACCACAGGAGCCGCAACAGCAGGCGAAGCCUCGUACUGAACAAGAUUCUCAGAAACAACAGCAGCCUGAGAAACAGCAGCAGCCUGAGAACGCACCUCAACCUGCAUCUAAUACCUGGCAGCCUCAAGUCAACAUGACCGCACCUGAGGACCGAGAGCCAAAGAAUAAAUUGCCCACCUACAAAGGCUUGGACAAUUUCAAGCUACUGGAUAAGAUGGGAGACGGCGCGUUUUCGAAUGUCUAUAAGGCAAUGGAUUUAACAACUGGGCAAAAAGUUGCAGUGAAAGUAGUUCGCAAAUUUGAGUUGAAUGCCUCACAGGCCGGCGAAAAACAUCUCAAUGCACAGUUCAAGAAAAAGCCGCGCGUAACAGAGCGAGCCAAUAUUCUGAAAGAGGUGCAGAUCAUGAGGGCAACAAACCACCCAUCGAUCGUCAAGUUGAUAUCCUUUUCCGAGGCACCAGAAUACUAUUUUCUGGUCAUGGAACUAAUGGAGGGCGGGGAAUUGUUCCACCAGAUCGUCAAGCUCACGUAUUUCAGUGAGAACUUAGCCAGGCACGUUAUUCUCCAAGUUGCCCAAGGUAUCCGCUAUCUUCAUGAGGAACGUGGUGUCGUACACCGCGAUAUCAAACCGGAAAAUUUAUUAUUCGAGCGCAUACCCAUCGUUCCCUCAAAAAGUCCCGUACAACGUCCGUAUGAUGAAGAAAAGGAAGAUGAGGGCGAAUUUAUCCCAGGCGUUGGUGGAGGCGGAAUCGGCCGAAUCAAGAUUGCAGACUUUGGCUUAUCAAAAGUAAUCUGGAACGAGGAGACGAUGACGCCAUGCGGAACCGUUGGCUACACUGCCCCCGAAAUCGUCAAGGAUGAGCGCUAUUCACAAAGCGUGGAUAUGUGGGCGCUUGGCUGUGUCCUUUACACACUCCUUUGCGGGUUUCCGCCGUUCUACGACGAGAGCAUCAAUGUUCUAACUGAGAAGGUCGCUCGGGGAUAUUACACAUUCUUGAGUCCGUGGUGGGAUGAUAUCAGCCAUUCUGCGAAGGAUCUCAUUCAACAUCUAUUAUGCGUAGACCCUGCUCAGAGAUAUACCAUAGAUGAGUUCCUUGCUCACCCAUGGUGCACUGCCGCUCCUGGCCCACGAACGGUACCACCCACACCUCUUGUUUUCGGCCAGUCUCCUCCACUCGACUCACCUCUGCUUACCGCCGCCCGUGGUGGCGUGUUAGAGGCCCGUUCUCCUGGUCUCGCGACGCUCAAGGAAGCAUUUGACAUCACAUAUGCGGUCCACCGUAUGGAGGAAGAAGGUGCGCGCCGGCGGGCAUACAACGGUCGUGGUGGCGCCGGUGUUCGAGGAUUCCUGCAUGGGCUUAAUGAGGACGAGGAGGACGACGCCAGUGAUAAAGGCGUCGUACGUGAUGCACGGAGUAAGCGAGGGGAGGCUGAUACGCGUGCACUACACUAUACCCAGGGUGGGUUACCUGGCGCUGGAGCGAAGACCGUCGCAAAGCGCAACGUUAUCGGUGUACCUGCAUCUAAUCAAGCAGAUCGCAGUCUUUUGGACGGUCGCGCAGGUCCGAGAGAUCGCGGUCGCCGCCAACCUGGCGGCACGGGUUUCCAGUUAGAUAUGGACAAUGCAACCCUACUCGGUCGUCGCAAUAAGAAGACGGCAGGUGGUGGUGCGGAGUUGAGUCCACUAUCGCACGCUGUCCGCAUAGACGACGACUUGUUGCCCCCUGGAAGUCCUAUGCGGAUCGUCUCAUGAUAUCAAUAAUCUGCUGUGAGGUCUAUGUAUAUGCUUGUCC